AUGCGUUGGCGUAUAUAUCCAGAGACAGGACAGAUACAAUUAGUAGAUAUAAAGGAAGCAGCAGCAGCAGAUGCAGCGCAUGCAGCAGCAGAAGCAGCAAGGAUAGAUAGAUUAUUAGAUAUGGAUAGGGAUGAGUAUAUAGAGGAUGAGGAUACAAGAGCAGCAGCAGCAGCAGCAGCAGCAGAAGCAGCAGCAAAAGAAGAAGAAGAAGGAGAAGAAGAAGAAGAAGAGGGGCAACAAAUGACACCAGAGCAAGCAGCAGCAGAAGGAGCAGCAGCAGCAAGAGCAGCAGCACUAGAAUUCUUAGCAACAGGAUCUAAUGGUAUGGAGGCAGCAGCAAAAGGUGCAGCAGCAGCAGCAGGAGCAGCAAACACAGGAUUAUGUAUACGUAUAUUUGCUGCAGCAACAGCAGCAAGUCCGCAUGCAGCAAAACUAGCUAACUGUAACCCUAAUGAUAAAGGGCAGCGUCUUGCAUUUGCUCCAUAA